AUGCCUGUUAAAGUCAUCUCGCUCCUUUCAAGCUCCGAGGCAGGUUCUCCUCCCCUUCAAAGGGCGAGGCAACCAUCGCCACCAGGGCCGAAGGCCCAGGAAAACAGGAGGGUUGGUUCUGAUAACAUUCUGGCGUCCGCCCUUCCUCGGAAUCAAUCAGUCAAUUCGGGAAGGCCCAUACCAAACCGUCGGCCCGAAGUUCAAAUUUCUUCUGACGAUGUUUGGCUUGUUUCGGACGAUGACGUCGGUCCUUCCGAAAAAGCUCAUGAGGACGAGAGCGUAAUUAUCGAAGAACCCGCGCAGAAGAGACGUAAGCUCCAUCCCAAUGGUGCAAACGUUGGCAGCCCAAACGGUGUAUCAGCUCGGAGCACAGCCGCGGUGCCACUUCGAGCCUGUGGGCUCAAUCGUUCGAAUGCGACUGCUCUUUCUCGCCUCGAGCUGGCAGAGCCCCGCCGACAAUGGAUCGAAGAUGAAGAUCCGCUCGUCAGUUCUUCUUCCCGGGUAACGGAAAAGCCACCUCGGAGGGCCCACGACCAGGUAGCCACGCUACCGUCCCAUGAUUUGGAUGAUGACCCCUUUGCUAGCUCUCCCGCCCAACUUCAGCGACACGAACAUCUAAAGACUGGUAGCCGACUAGCCGUCCUGGACGACAUCGACCCUUUUGCCUCUAGUUCCCCGGGACAGGUCCAGCGUCCGGCAGACUCUGCUCAGCUUACGGCCGCAUGGGAUCCCAUAUCGAGCUCUGCGCCCCUUCCGGCUUCAACUGAUGAUGGCUUUGGGAGGCCUUCACGGUCUCUCCGGAGAAGCCAGUCAGAGGUGGUCUUGUUGGAGGAUUCCGACGACGACUGUGGAGUCCAGACAGUCUCUGAUGACGAUUUUCCUGAUAUCGCCGGCUUAGCUGCUUCAAAGCGGAAAUUCGAUGCAUUUAUCAAGACAUCUGCGGAGUCGGCUGCUGUCAAACAAUUGCGGACUUUAACGUCGGCAGAGACGAAGGCUGACCAGGCCGGGUGCAAGAGGACUUCGCUCGAGAAAGCGAAGGAGAAGGAGGAAAAGGCGGCCGCGCGAGAAGCGGAAAAGGAACGUAAGAGGCUCCAAAGGGAACGUGAGAAAGAGGAGAAAGCUCGGGAAAAGGCCAGGGCUGCUGCUCUGGCAGAGGUGAACAAGAUCCGAACGGGCAAAAAGGUGUCAACUCCGGAAAUGAUCGUCGAUCUUCCUAUCACUCUCGAAGAGACUCUCAAGGAACAAGUGAAAACCCUUCUUCGCGAUCUCGACGUCGAGUUUGCCUCAUGGACAAGCCCGGUCGAGAACGUGAUCAAAUGGCGUCGCAAAGUUUGCUCCCGAUACAACGACGAAGAGGGGCACUGGGAGCCCGUUCCCGAACGAAUCGAGCAAGAGAACUACGCCAUGGUACUUGUUUCAGCAGCCCAAUUUGUCGGUCUUGUUCUCGGCAAAGAUGAAGACGCUAGCCUCGAAUACCACGUCAUGCGCAUGAAGGAUCACUUUCCAAAUGACACCAUCAUCUACUUGAUUGAAGGCCUGGAGCUGUGGCUUCGCAAGAAUCGCGGCGUCCGCAACAGGGAGUUCGUCACAGCGGUGCGUGGCGGCCUCGAACCACUAGAGGGCGAUCAACAGCCCCCCUCCAGCACUCAACAGCAACGGAAACGCAAGGCUGCGGCCACCCCAACCUACGUUGAUGAAGAAAUCGUUGAGACGUCCCUCCUUCAACUUCAAAUACUCCACGGGGUGCUCAUCCACCACACCGCCAUCCCCCUCGAGACGGCCCGCUGGAUUGCCGUGUUCACGCAGCACAUCAGCACCGUGCCCUACCGCCGUCAGCGAGACGCGGCCAACGACGCCGGGUUCUGCAUGGAGAGCGGGCAAGUCCGCACAGGUGACGGUCCCCGUGACACCUAUGUGCGCAUGUUGCAAGAGAUCGGGCGCGUCACGGUUCCGAUCGCUUACGGCAUCGCGGCAGAGUUUGAGACGGUCCCAAAGUUGGUCCGGGGGCUAGAGGAUGGCGGUCCGCUGAGUCUAGAAAAGGUGCGGAAGAGCGUGAAUAAGGACGGCGAGGCGAGCGAUCGGACUGUAGGGCAGGCGGUUAGCCGGAGGAUAUUCAAGAUAUUCCUAGGGAGGGAUGAGGCGAGUACAGAUAUUUAA